GUCGCUAACCUCUUUAACAACACAAAUUACAGUGACGUCAUAUAGCAACAUACACAUGUUGUCUGUCACAACGGGAAAUUAGUUGCAGUUUGACUGAUCUUUUUUCCUGGAUAAUUCAUAAUUAAGACAGAACUUUAUUUAUAACUAGGAAAAAUGGGAAAGAAAGUUAAAAAGGAUGAGAAGCCACCUCCAGAUGAUGUGUUUGACACAUUAUUGGUAGAGAGUAGACAGGCAGGUACUGUUGUUUUGAUGUUGAGUAGUCCAGAGGAAGAUGUCCAAUCCAAGGCUUGUGAAGCUAUCUAUAAAUUUGUUGAUAAAUGUGAUGAAAACAAAAAGCAGUUACUGGACCUGAAUGCUGUUGAACAUCUGUUAGCUUUAAUGCAGAGCGAAGAUAAAAUAGUACGCAGAAAUGCUGUGAUGGCUGUUGGUGUAAUGACAGCUCACCCUGAUGUUAGAAAGUAUUUGAGAAAGCAGGAAGCCACAAUCCCAGCACUUGUAAAUUUGCUUGCUCCUGAAGAGGAUUCAGUGUGUCAUGAAUUUUCUGCCCUUGCUAUGUCUAACAUGGCCACAGAGUUCAGUUCCAAAGCAGCUAUCUUUGAGAAUGGUGGUGUUGAACCACUAGUCAGAUGUUUACUGUCACAUGAUCCAGAUGUUCAGAAAAAUGGAAUAGAAGCCAUUGCUUUGCUACUGAUGGAUUAUCAGACAAGAACAGCUAUAAGGGAUGUAGAUGGUCUAGCCCCUAUGUUGGAAUGUCUGAAGUCAGAAUAUGCUGUGAUACAGAAGCUAGCAUUACUUGCUUUAGAAAGAGCAUCACAAGAUGGCGAAAACAGGUCUGCUCUCCGUGAGUUGGAAGCUAUGUCCAGGUUGAUAGACUUUGUAGCUCAUCCAGAGUGUAAUGACCUUCAUGUUAUGGCAGUCAUGGUCCUCUCUAAUCUGUUAGAAGACUUGGAGAGUUUAGAGUUAGUCAAGGAGACUGGAGGUUUGAAAAGACUGGUUGCUGUUAUCACAGACCAGGUACCUCCAGAAGAAGAGGCUAAAGGCGGAAAAGGAGCCCCAGAUAAAGGGGGUAAAGGUUCCAGACAGGCCAAAAAGAGUGCAAAAGAUUCUGCCACAUCUAAAAAUAAACAAGGGUCUGCAGCAAAGAAACAAGAGUCUGCAGAUAGUUCAGAACCUCCUCCGGGCGAAGCAAUCAUACCAACCCUCCCUGAUGUAAAAAUGUGUGCUGCCAAGGCUAUUGCAAGAUCUGCUAGAUCUGCUGAGAAUAGGAAGAUUCUUCAUGAACAAGAGACAGAGAAAAUGUUGAUACAUUUACUGAGUCACGAGUCAGCAGAGGUACAGUCUUCAGCAGCACAGGCCCUAGCCAUAAUGGCCGAAAACCUCACAAGCCGAGACUCAAUUAGAGAGUGGGAUGGUCUAGGCCCUCUUAUUAAGAUGAUCAGUUCAGAAAACAGUGAUGUUAAAGAAUCCGCCACACUGGCUCUGGCAAAUCUUACAACUGCCAACAGCAAUAAUUGCACAGAGAUACAGAAUUUAAAUGGUAUAGAACCACUGAUCAACUGUCUGGCUGAUGGGAGAGAGGAAGCUGUAGCAAACUCUGCAUGUGUUCUAACUAACCUGGCACAGAUUGAAGUUCUAAGAGCGGAUGCACAAAAUAAAGGGGUGGUCAGAGCUUUGAUUGAACCAUUAAACUCUAGAAAUACAACAGUUCAGAGUAAAACAGCCCUGGCUGUAGCAGCAUAUGUAUGUGAUGCUGAAUCAAGAGAAAAUUUCCGUUUAUCUGAUGGACUCACACCGUUAGUAGCUUUAUUGAGGUCAGGAAAUGAUGAAGUCAGGAGAAAUGCUGCCUGGGCAAUAACUGUUUGUGCUGUUGAUGAGCCUACAGCUACUGAAAUAUGCAAACUCGGUGGUAUGGAAUUGUUACAAGAGAUUCAGACAUCUAGUACUAGAAAGAGUCCAUUUGCUGAAGCGGCCUUACAGAAACUGUUAGACAGUAAUCUCUCAGCUAAAUAUGCUCUCACUGGAUGUCUUACUUCAACAAACUACAUAGAAAAUGGUUUCUAUGAUGUUGGACAGCUGAGACCGGGUACCAAAUUUCUCACAGUAGAGGAAUAUGCCAAACAAGAUAUGAACGACAAGAGGCCUAUCAUUAUUGUUAAUGCUAAACCAGACCCAACAGUAUCUCAGGCACAAUCUCAAGCUGAACUUGAUGCAAAACAAGAGGCGUCAAAAACUAGCGUCACCGGAAAAUCAUCUCGAACUGGCCGAGAUUCUAAAACAAGUGAGGGCCGAGCACAUUCCCCCACGGAGCAGGGCACUGGUUCAACCAGUCGUUUAUCCUCUGCUAAAAAAACGCGGAAACAGCAGGAACGAGAGGAGAAACAGCGAGAGGAAGAAUUACAAGCCCAACUUCAGCGCGAGGCCGAGGCCAUCUCAGCAGCGGAGAACAAACCAUACGAAGCACCAUGUGAUUCUACGCUUCUUAAGUUCAUUGACGAGGUCGUAGAUAAAAUACAGCCAUUACCUACCACUAGAGAACAAGUGAAAGCUUUAGCAACAUUUGUUGCAGAUAAAAUGGGAGGUCCAAUAGAAAGAGGUCAACUUAGUAAUUUUGGCUGGGAAUUACCAUUAAGUCAAAUAAAAUUUGAACUCAAAUCUAAUGUAGUGCCUCUUGGUAAAAUUAAAGCUGGAAUACAUGUACACAGAGCAUUGUUGUUUAAGACUCUGGCAGACAAGAUAGCUGUAAGUUGUUCAUUAAUGCGAGGAGAGUAUAACCGAGCAUGGAACGAAGUUUUACUACCCGAGGAGGAUUGUUCACUUGAGGAUAGUUUAUUUGCGUAUACCCCUACACCUGGUGCACCAAAGUUCCCACCAAAGACAUUUAUCGUAGAUCUGAUUCAUGAACCUGGAAACUUGCUACCAUUCGACACACCUGAAGCACAAACCUACAAAAAAAUCUAGUGAACUAAAUGGACUUUCUAUUUUUCUUGUUGUACUAUCAUUAAGUAAAGAAAUCCUCAGAUGAAUUUACAGAAAAAAACUUUUCUACAACUGAAUUUUUAAAAAAUAGAAAUUAUGGUUAAAAAAAAAAAGUUUCAUUUACGUAGAAAAUUGUGUCAUUACUUUUAUUCUCCUUAUUUACUGGCUUAUAAAACUUGGACCAUAGAAGAUUAUUUAGUGUCAUUGUAUUUACUGGUAAAUUCUGUUUAAAAAAAACUUAGGAAAUAUGAAAAUUUAUGUUUGACCAUUCUUCAAACAGACAUGUUCGUACUUUUAUGAGGAUUCUAAUUUUUUAACAGUUUAACAUAAAGUUCAAGCAUUCCAAAAUUUCCUAGGACAACCCUCGUAAAUCUACAUACCCAGUAAAAGCAGCAUUUGACAAUGUUAGAAAUAUCUAAAAAAAAAAGUCUAGAAACUAUUUAUAUCCCAACCCCUUGGUACUGAACUAUUCUUUUUAUAUAUUGUUGAUUUCAUAUUUGUUUUGUUUACACUGUUUUGUAUUAUAUAUUUUAUAAAUAUUAAUAAAUAAUAACUGUGAUAUGUCAAUGAUCUAAACUUACUUUGUUACUUAGAAAUAUAAUAUGUUACUUACUUUAGAAGAAUUUUGACAAGUAUUAUUGAAGCAUUAUGAAG